AGUUGGGAGAGGUGGUUGGUGGAGCGCUCGCUGAAGGGACGGAGAGAGGUGUGCUUGUUCUGUGUACUCAGUGCAGCAAUAACAGCUGUGGUAACCACUCUGUACCUGCAUCUGAUGGCAAGGUUAAGCUGAAUUACCCCGAACAGACUCCCGUGUGUCCCGCUGAGCUUGGAGAGUGAGCCCGGUGUGGAGAUCCUUAUCCGCGCUCCAGAGAAGGUGUCAUCGCUAACACUGAUGAUGGGGGCAGUAGCGGAUCCCUCCCUCUGACUGCCUGAUAUAAGAUACUUCUACCGGGGACGCCUUCAGGGAAGUUGCUUGGAGGUGACUGACAUUCAUAGAUGGAGACUCUGCCCGACAGUGAGGGUUUGGGAAACUCCUCUCUUGGUGACUGCAGGUACAGGGUACCCUUUGGCGCAGCCGAUACUCCUAUAUCUUCCAUAUAUCAUGGCAACUUCAAGCAACCAACACAGCCAUUGGCCAUCAGCAAUCACAAGAGUAAUCUCACAGUGGCCACCUGUCAUUAUCUGGAUGGUGACUUUAGCAACCAGACUCCGGUAUGCUGACGUCACAUAGGCGCGACGGGGCACAGUACGGACGCCAGCGUCGAGAGUCUGGACGUGGACUUUUUGCACAGGGUGUUUGGGAUAUAAGGACUCAAAACAUUUUACAUUUGCAUAAAAGAGAUUAUAUUGCAAAAGAGGCAGCCAUCUUGGGCGCACUACAGUGGUCACAGUGGUUAAACUCAAAAUCUGAAAUACAAGUACAUGAUAUACACAGAACCAUCAGUUAUGCAGAUUGUUCCAUGAAAGAACAGUUCCAGGUGAGGCAGUCAUCUUGGGUGCACUAUAUAAAUUACAAUGACGGGAGUAAGCAAUACAUGGAGGCAAAGUCUUCCCAUAAGACAAACAGAUAUAAAGUUGUCCCCAGGAUUGCUAUAAGAAGAUGCCAGAACUGAGACCUUAAACACGGUUCAGUGGUGUAACUAGCAGAUACUGACUUGAAGUUGUAUCCAAAUAACAGAUUCCAUGGGGACUGUGCCAGAUGCUUUGGGAUCUGACAAGACAUCACCUAUAUCAGCAGAAGAAGAAUGUCCUGCAUGCGAUACAUCCUUGGCUGCUACUCACCAGCUUAAACUGGCAACAUCCAACAGUAAUGGAAAUGCCAUACAAAUCACAGGUGUAUGUUCAUCUGACCUAAAUUCCAAACCAUAUACAAAAACGUCCGAUAAUGAGAAUAUAUGUGAAAUUGAAACGCAAGAAAACAACAAUACAAUGUCUUCAUUUAGGACUUGUAGCCAGUCAGAAACCUUACCUUCUACGGUUGUAGAUCAUUCAUCAAGGAAAGAGAUUCCAGAUAUCCAAGAUCCUAUUCAACUUGGCUCCCCUACUAACAGCACAACAGAGUCACCGACGAUUAUAGAACCAUCUAAUGUAACUUUGCUGAGUGAGACAACAGAGGAGAGCGGUUUGCCAACAUGCAGAACUUUGGUAGAAACAGUAGCAGAUGAUCAAGUACAGCUAAAGGUAGAGACCAGUACAACAAGCACACAGCUUUCGGAAGUGUCACCAGACAUAGACACUAAAAUGUUAGAUAGUGGUAACAAUGAACAUACCUCUGUUGUCAGCCCAGUAGUAGAUAGAGGGAACACACUGGCAGAAACAAAUAUACACUCAGAUCCCCUACAAGAAGAAUCAAAGAUGCAAGAUGUUAAAAAUGUCCUUUCUCCUGAGCAAUGUGCAGAGAUUAGCCUGGCUGAAGCAGUAAAUACAAAUGGCAAUGAUGAAGUGCUUGAACUGCAGUUAGUAUGCAAGUUUAAGGAAAUGGGCACAAUGACAUCACAGCUAGAAGGCUGGGCAAAGCAAGACGCUGAAGUACAAGCUGUAGCAAACGUAGAGAAUAAAUCUGUUUCCACUAGCCCAAGUAUAUUAGCUGCAUUCUUAAAAGCCAACUCUCCAGCACUUAAGGAAAGACAGGAACAAGUGUGCAUCAUUUAUCAGGGUAACCCCGGAAACCCACAGAUUGACCGUGCUAAUUUUGCGUUGCACUCACAGCUUACCCAAAACCAUUUGACUCCAAAAGUGUGUUUUCAACCACCUGACGCAAUGGGCCCAAAACCUCUCCAGAUGCACAAUAAAAGUCCUCCAGAUAUGAUACGGUCUCCCUUUCAGCACCCAGAGCGAGCAAGAAAUUCACAGGUUAUAUAUAGAAGUGAGCUAGAUGGACAAGGGCUGUGUCUCCGAGAAAGCUACCCAAUGCAACAGAUGCAAAAGUCUAAUGCUUCUCCACUUUUAAUGAAUGUGAAACCUGUUUACCAAAUCAACAUAGAAAAUAGUGCUCAACAAAAAGCUUGCCAGAGAACAAAAGACAUGUUUAACGAGCAGCCACAAUUCAGAGCAGCUCAUGAUAUGGGCGCCAAAGCUAGACUGCACCAUUUAAGUGGAGUAGAAAACAUCCAGUUACAUAAUAUCCGUCAAGAUAGUGAACAGACAGACAAGCUUAGUGUUCCUGGUGAAAGUAGCUCUGAUCGGAAACCUUUUCAUUUUAAAAUUACUAAUGAGCAGGGGUCCACCCAGGCCAUCAUCACCACAGAUAUAAAAAAGCCAAAGAAGGAGGAAAGGCCUACUCCGCUUCAUGUUGAAGUACAGGUUAACAGCAGUAUUGGGGCUACUGGAGGUCAAGUAGAGGAAAUACUUGAAGUCUUAGUUAGGAAGGACCAGGAUGAAGGUGAGCAUGCCAAAAGAUCAAGCAGUCUAAGUUUGCAAACCAGACCUGCAUCAGAUUCAGCGCAGCUAACACCACGCCUAAGGAAAGCUAGGGAAGAUAAAAAGGAAUCAGUUCUGGUCACCCUACCUACCUCCGAACCUGCAAAGGCACAUGGAAAAAAAGCAAGUCCAGGUUCAAGCACAGAGGCUAAAACGCAAGCAAAGCAGCCAACGAAAAGUGUGAAAGAUGUAGUAUGGGAUGAACAGGGCAUGACAUGGGAAGUCUAUGGAGCUGCAAUGGACCCAGAAGCAUUAGGGAUUGCUAUACAAAACCACUUACAAAGACAAAUCAGAGAACAUGAGAAAAUGAUUAGGGCUCAAUUAAAGCAAACCCGUAAAUCAAUUUGUUCUGAUACUUCAGGAAAAAAGCACAAAAGAAGACAGCACAGAGUAUUUCAGUCCAUACUUAAGAAUUUCAGACAACCCAACUGUUGUAGUCACCCCCCUCCUUCAGCUGUGUUAGAGUGACUUUCUACAAAUUUGUGAAAUGUGUUCAUCCAUUGCCAUAUCAAUUAGUAGACAAAAAUGUUUUUGCACUUAACGUUGUGGGUAUUUUUUAUUUAAUUACUGUGCAGGGUUUAGGGUGAUUGUCACAUCAAUAUUUUAUAACACAAUAUCACUUUAUUCCUGUUCAGGUUUCUUGACUGAGUAGACAAUAUUAACUAAACUUACAUGUUGUCUUUAAAGGACCAACAUUUGAUACCAGUUUUUGUAAGUGUUGAAUUUAUAUUUUCAUCACUUUAAACAAAGAAGCAAGUUUAAACUGAAGUUCCUUCGUUCCUGAAAUGUUAAUAAGUACGCCGUUAAAUGCAGUGCCAGAGAAGCCUUUAUCACAUCAGCCUUUUUGCUUUUGUUUUUUUUACACUAAUGUUGUUAAUGAUAAAAGAAUGAGUGACCAUGACUUGUUGUAAAUAGACAAAUGCGUUUUAAACAAAUAACAGAAUUAUCUUUUACAAUACCAAUGUAAACUUCUCACUUUAGGGGGCACAUGCAUCUAGCAAGUAUCGGGCAAUUCCUAGUUUUGCCAAUGCCUAGUUCGGGGAAUCCGUAAAAUCCAACAUAUUGUAAAUCCUCAAUUCCACCAUUUCUACCAAAAGAUGAUUGGGAUUUGCCAGUCAGGGAUAUUCAACAUGAAGGAUUUUGAUGAUUUGCUGACGGAUCGACGAUCAUCAAUAUUGGAUCGGCAGAAUGGGGAAUAACGGCUCAGGUGUAUGGCCCGCAUUAGACACUUAACAGCACCUGCUUUAUUAGGGAAAAUGGAAAGUUCACACAUUUAAUGAAUAGAGUGAAGCAUAUGGUUCCAGUAGAAAUACUCCAUAGACCACGUUGCUAUGUAGGGAUGGUGAUCUAUGACAAAUACUGUAUGUUUAAUAAUACCAAUAAUAAAAGUUUUGUUGUUUUCGUUGCAAUAA